AAGGACCGAGAUCUUCUUCCAUUAGUGCUGCUGAGCUUUGUUGUUCUGCGUUCUUUGCAGCGGUUCAUACCGCUGAUUUGCUUUUUCGUCACAACCUGUGGCACUUGUUCGAGUACAGUUUGUUGAAAAGAGUUUUGUGGAUCAUCCGAGUUUUUUCUUUACGUGCAAACACUUUUUUCGAAGAAAUUGAAAUAUACUUUAAGUUCACAGAAAGAAGAUGCAGAAACUGUUCGCGUUUUGUCUCGCGGUCCUCGCGACCGCCACCCUCUCUGCGUUCGGGGAGCCGCUCCCUUCGUUUAUCCAUUGCAAAUAUGUCUGGGUCUGGAAACUUGUGAUGCUAAAAUCUUAGUGGUGGGCGCACUACGAUACGCAGCCAAGCAUGACAAAUUUUUGGGCUGCUAUUGUGUUUCGUUUUCCUCAUGGCAAACCUGCGUUUUUCCAUGACAAGCAAGAGGCCCGUUGCCCCCUCAUGCAUCACAGAUUUAUGAUUCAUGCCAGACAAGCAAGACAAACUCGCAUUCUUCCAGACCCAGACAUAUUUGCAUUUGAUAUCGUUUGACGUUUCGCCAAAGCGGGCGGUGA